UGCGCAGAACUGCACAAAAUUCGUCUCGAGAACGAGGUACGAGUCAGAAGUGCCAGAACGAGCACACCUUAGGUUUUUCCACUAUGCUUAUUGCACCAAACAAUAGUGCAACGACAAAGAACAGGCCUAUUAUUGAUUCCGUAUAAAUCAUUCGACAGUGAAUGUCCACCGUGUUUUAUUUUUAAAAUGGAUCAAAGGGAUCGCGAACAAAUAGAUCACUGUUGCGAAAACGUUGUGCCCAAAAUUAUUAUGACGAAACUCUUGCCAAAGUUAUUAGAAAACAAAGUUUACAACAGGGAUGACGUAAAUAUUCCACGGUGGAUGAAAAACCUUGAGACACAAGAUACAGUUAAAGAUAUAUGGUUAACAAUUAGAACACGAGGACCAAAUGCAUUUAAAAAUUUAAUUCUUAGCCUAAGACAAUCCGAUCAUGAAAAUGUUGCUAAUAUAUUGGAGGGAAGAAAUGACACAAGUAACGCAAACAAUACAAGACAAGAAGAUCCGUUGGGUCAUCAUAUUUGGUCUGAUGAACCUUUAAAAAUUAAAGUACGCAAAGCUACAAAAUUUGUGGAUCGUGAUUAUGAAAACAUUGAGCGAUAUCCUAUGCGAAGUAAUCCUCGUGGAUUGGUUUUGAUAAUCACGAAUAUUUAUUACGAAUUGUCGUAUGAAAAACACAGAUUUUCGGCAAAACAUGAUAAUAACAACUUGAAAAAACUGUUUGAAGAAAUGGGUUUUAUAGUUUUUUCAUAUGGAAAUCUAACAGGACAGGAAAUAAAAAGCAAAAUUAAGGAAUUUUCAAAGAACAAAGAUUUAAAAUCGGUCGAUUCAUGUUUUGUGAUCAUUACAAGUCAUGGUACAGAGGACGAAGAAAGCAACACGGAAAUCCAGGGUACUGAUUAUCACAGUGCAAGCAGACAAGCAAAUUAUGAAAAAGUUCUAUGCACAGAAAUCUGUGAUUACUUCACCGCAGAAGCUUGUGAUCAACUUGCAGGAAAACCAAAAAUAUUUAUUUUUCAACUUUGUAGAGGAAAGAAAAAACAAAAAAGUGUAGCUCACUACAGAAUCACUACAGACACUUGUGUAUCUGUGAAACCAUCGGAUGAACCCAGCCUAGAAAUACCUCACGUCCAAACAACAAGAAAUUAUUCAGAUAUGCUUGUAGUUCAAUCUACUUUACCUGGAUACGUUUCUUACCGAGACUGCAUAACUGGUAGUUGGUUUAUACAGAUUCUUUGUAAAGUAUUCAUGAAUCAUGCUUGCACACAUCACGUUGAAGAUUUAUUUAGGAUGAUUGAUGCCGAAUUAAAACAUCUUAGGACGAUAAAUAACGAAUGUCAGACUUCGUGUAUCCAAUCAAUGGGAUUUAAUAAACAUUGUUAUAUUCAUCCCGGCUUAUUUGAAUAAAUACAUGAUAAAAAAGGAAAAGAA